AUGGGCUGCUGUUUUGGUACCCCUUUCCAGAGGAAAUUUUCAUUGUGGUCCACAGGUGAAGAGUCAUCCUCUUGUUCAUCUGUCCAGCCCGUGUUUCUGGCCAGUUGGUCCAGUCUGUACCAGUACACUUCUGAGCCUCCAGAAAAAUGUUUCCAAAAGGAGAAGAUGGCAUCAGGUAACUCCAGGGAAUUGGAUCCAGGAAGUCAGCCUGCACAGAUAGGAGAGGGAACUCUGGCAACUGAAUCCGUGUCACUGGCUGUAGGGGAAGGGUUCCCAAAUGAGAUCUCCCUCUCGUUUUCCAUCAAGAGUCGCUCUGGGCAGGGCCUAAACCAUCAGCUGCAGGAGGCAGCAAGAAAGAAGUUGUGGGCCCUGGAAAAUGACGACAAAGAUGUUUGUGCUCUUUUCAAGGAACUGUCAGCCAGGCUGGUGUGCAUCCAGGCAGAGGAGGAUCGGUUUUUACUGUCCUUCAAGACCAUAGAAGAAAUCUGGAAGUUUUCAACAUACUUGGCACUUGGCUACGUGGCUUGCUGCUUGGAGCAUCUGCUUUUCACCCCAGCAUACUGGCUGAACUGUGCCCUAGUGGAGGACACUGAAAUCACUGUUACUAUAGAUGAAGAUCAUAUGGCCACCAUGUACCUGGGUCUUCUGCUCCAGGAAGGAAACUUCUUUGCCAGAGCAGUGCUCAACGUCCUGACAGAGGAAGAAGAGGAAGAUUUUAAGCUCUACAAGAACGAGCUAGUCCAUGUGAAGGACAUAGGACAUGAAACAAAAUGGGAAGGGACGUCUCUGUCGACAGACCAGAGGGGACUAGUCCCCAUCACAACUAUCGAACCACUGCCCCAUCCCUUUUACCAGUGGUUUUUGAAGAACUAUCCGAUGAGCUGUGGCAUCUCCAGUCAGAUCAAUGGAAGUGACUCUAUGCAGAUUGGCCAAGGGAGGUGCACGGCCACAAUGGACCACAGAAGGACAGGAUGGGAUGAGUUGAGUUUCUGCAAAGGAGACAUCAUAGAGGUCCAGGGAUUUCUCAUUCCAGGCCUUCAGUGGUUUAUAGGGAAAUCCACAAUCAACGGGACAACGGGCUUCGUCCAAACCAAAUGUGUGCAUCCUGAGACAAGUGAACAAAUAAGAAAGAGUCCAGUAUUUUUCAGCGAGGAAGAAGUGGCCGCCUUUCUUCAAGUUCCCUGCAAUGGCAACGAGACACAUUACAAUAGUCUUCUUAGUGAACUGGCUCAGACGGACAUUGCCUCUGUGUACAGGCUUGAUGGUUUUGAACCUGUAGCUGUGUUCUCACAAACACCAUCAGAUGCCAUUUUACGAGGUCUUAAGGAUAGCUGGACAUUAGAGGGUUGGGGCACACAGGCUACAAAUAGCUUGGCCACACCUACUGAUUCAGAGAUGUCCACUCUGGAUGGAGAAUCUUCAUCUUCUCCCAUGGAAAGUUUACUUUUGCCUGAACCAGAUGACCUUGAUGAUCCCAAAUUCUUUAUUGAUUUGAAUGUUGGACACAUGGAAGACUCCGAUGUUUUUGACCCUAUACUAACUUUCCUUAACCAAGAUGGCUAUGUGGCCCAUUUCCAAGGUCUCUAUGACAUCUCUUUUUCCUUCCUCAGUUCUACCUUCUAUGGCUUUUCCAAUGAGGAGGAGCUUGUCUUAUACCUGGAGGCAUCCAGGAACUGGGCCAAGAAGAGUCACCUUGUUUGGGCUCACAUUCGAAUAUGUUUUCUUUUGGGUCGACUCUGUGUCAAGAGGGCCAAGUUCUCUCAAGCCCGAGUCUAUUUUGAAGAAGCUGCGAGCACUAUGGACAGGGGGUUUGAAGAUCUGCCCUUGCUCACCUCGCUGUACACAAACCUGGCUGCCAUUUAUCUGAAGCAGAAGAUGAAGCAAAAGUUCUUGUCUGUGAUUGGGAAAGUGGCGGCCCUUGUGGUCGGCCUGCCAGGGCACUGCUUCAGCUCUGAGAAUGAGCUGGAGGUCACGAUGUACAUCCUGAGAGAAGCGAUGGCUGCGGGCAACACGGCCUUGGAGGUCCGGGCCUCCUUCCUUGUUGUCAGGUUCUUCCUUCAGCUGGGCAAAUACGACGAGGUCCUGCCAUUUGCAGAACGCCUGCAGUUCCUUUGUGCCAGUUUCUCCAGCCAAGGCUCCAGAGCACUCUGUCUAGGCACAAUGCCAAUCUUGAGUUACCUGUAUGACAAGAAGUACUUGCCACACAUUGCUUUGGCAUCUGCCAGGCUGUUUCCACCUAGUGGCACAACAGGGGCACCGACUCCCAUUUGGAGAGCUGGAUUUAUCCUUACAAAUGCCUCUAAGCUCCUAAAAGUCCAAGAAAGAAGCUGCAAUGUCCCUGCUGUGGCUUGUUUUUAUCUCAACUGCGCACUGGCCUUCUCACAUGAAAAGAGAGCUGUGUCCACUGAGAGAGCUGUGUGUGCCAUUUUAUCCAAACUGUACCUGACGCAUGGCGUGGUACAGGCAGCUGUUCAAUAUUCCAAUAGAGCUGUUGCCCUUGGCAAAGUGAUGGGCGAGGAAGAGGCUUUUGAAUCAUCCCUUUGUUUGGGGUGGCUGUAUGCUUUGAACGGCCAGCCAGAAAAAGCUUCUGAGAUCUUGCUGUGCCUCCUGCGUUCUCUGCGGCAGACGGAUAGCAUGACGCAGGAUGGGGUGGUCCACAACCUUCUGGCCAUCGCCCUUAAGGGAGAAGGUCAGGUGCAGAAGUCGGCUGAAAACUACCUGUGGGCCUUAAAUAAAGCUCGGGAGACAGGCAACAGGCGGAACCAGGCUAUAGCCUUGUCCAACUUUGGGUGCUUGGCUCUGUCCUGCUGCGCAAACCACCUCGCUGAAUGUUACUUUCUCCAGGCUGUUAGGUUGUAUUUUGAAUUCCAGGGUGGUGACGAUGCACAGAUGGAGUUGGUACAGGUACUGCUGUGGCUGGCACAAUCCCGGGUGGAGAGUAAUAAGUCAGAAGAGAGCAAGCUGUUCUAUGAGCUGGCCUUGGCAAUUGCCUUGAUGUCUCGCAACAUGAUGAGUCAGCUUCAUGCCGUUGAAUCCCUCUGCCACUUCUAUAGCAAAGUACACCCAAAUACGGGCACCUGCAUUAUUUACCACGAGCACCAACUUUCCCUAGCCCAGCACCUCCAAGACAGAGAAAUGGAAGGGCAGCUUUUGCAGGUUCUCGGCCAGUUAUACCAGAGCCUGCAUACCACAAGAUCUCUGAAACGGGCGCUGGACUGUACCAAGCAGAGUUUGAGAAUCUUCAUUGACCUCGGGGAGACAGUCAAAACAGCGCAGACCUGGCUGCAGGCUGGGAGGCUCUACUAUCAAAUGCAAGAGGAUGAAUUGGUGGAAAUGUAUUUGCAGGCAGCCAUACAGACCGCACUGAAACCUGGAGAGCUGCACCUGGCCAUGAACCUGUAUGAGGAAGCUGGCGAUGUCUUCUUCAAUGGGAUCCAGAACAGACAAAGAGCGGUGGAAUAUUACAGGGGAGGAGCUGUUCCUCUAGCUAGGAAGCUGAAGGCCAUGCAGACUGAGCUGAGAGUGUUCCACAAGCUGACCGAGCUGCAGAUCGGACUCCAGAACUAUGAGAAGGCUUUGGAAUUCGCCACUCUAGCAGUCAGACUCAGUGUGGAUGUAGGAGAUCAGUUACAAGAGCUGGUUGCCUUUCACCGACUGGCAACAGUGUAUUAUUUCCUGCACAUGUAUGAAAUGGCUGAGGACUGCUACCUGAAGACGCUGUCCCUGCGCUCACCGUCAUUACAAGGUGCUCAAGAGGCCAUGUAUUACUCCAAGGUUUACUGUCGCCUGGGCAAUCUGACCCUGCACAAAUUAAAGGAUGAGCAAGAUGCCGCCAGUUACUUCCUCUUGGCUUUGGCUGCAGCCACUGAGCUCGGUGACCAGGUUUGGCAAGGCAGGAUCCAGGCAAAGUUGGCUCAAAUAUACAAUGCUUCCCAGUGGAAUAAGGGCACAAGAGGGUGGGCCACUUAUCGGGCCCGGUGGCUGAGCGAAGGACGGCAUGCUGUAUGA